AUGUCUUCGAAGCCGCCAUCGAAUACUCAAAAGUUUAGUUAUGCACGUGCGUUGGCUGCUAGCCAGUCUAUGAAAAAUGCAAACGUAAAACCACAAAACGCAACUUCUGAGAAGCCUGCUGCUCCAUCCACUGAUAUUGCUAAACCUUCGACUGCUGGCUCGGCUACUGCUGAUGCCCAAGAUACUACUCCUUCAACAAAUGCAUCGGUUAAUCCUGAAAAGCCCGUUGCCACUUCUGAAAAAAAAACAGAUGUAAAGGAUGCGAAGGAACAAGAAAAAAAGGCUUCAAGUAGACUUGCUAACAAGGAGAAACCCUUGGAAGCCCCUUCAAAUGCUGGAAAGCCAGCUUCCACGAGUGCUUCUUCAGAGAGCAAGCAGAACCAUAGCGCUGGGUCAAAACCAAAGCAGUCUGAGGAGGCUACUCAAACGCAUGACGUCGAAAAGACAGCACCGGCUAACUCGGAAGAACAAAAAGUUAAUCAAGAGGAACCAAAGGAUGCUGUUGAAAGCACCCCAUCUGAUCAAAAUCAAUCAACAAACACUCUUCCUACCGUUCCAAUUCAAUUUGGAUCAAUCACAAGAAAUGCUCCUAUUUCUACUAAACAGCACAUAAAGGCAAGUGUUCCUUCCAACCAACCAAAAAACAAUGUUCCUCGUAGAAAUAGCUCCUCUAAUCCGACUGGACAGCCCGGAUCCAGUCCCGUCUCCAAAGGUUCCCGUGCUGCUGCCCCAUCCUCUAAUAAUUCCAGUUCUAAUGAUUCUGCUGCUUCAGCCAAAUCUAAUAACACAAACUUAGUUUCUGAGCCUGCUGACCCUUCGGGUCAAACACCUGCAUCUAGCACACCCUCAUUUAACAGUUCUGGUAAACCCCACCGCCAAAACCGUCAGUAUGAACGCUACGGAAAUUCUUAUCCUUCCUACAAUAAAUAUUCCCCACACUAUCAGCAUGGCUAUUCUUAUAAAAAUAAUGGUCGUAAUGAUACUCAGCGCUACAACAGAGGAAAUGGAAGAAGACAGUACAACAAUGGUCAUUCCGGUUACCCUCCUUUCGCUUCCAAUGGCCGGAACUCUGCUCAAAAUCCUCGGAAUACUCCUCAAGGUAUGGGUUCACCUGCUAAUCCUGUUCAGAUGCCUGUAUCAAUGCAACCUCCCUAUGGCCAAAUUUACGGACAAGCACCAUAUAUUGUUGAUCCCAACAUGAUGCAAUAUGGCGCAAUGUUACAGCCAGGCUAUGUUCCUCAAUACUAUCCCGUAUAUCCACAAACGCCAUUUACACCACCAACUUUCCCCAAUAUGUCCCGUAGCACUUCCCAAGUAUCGGAACCAGUUGUUGACUCGCCAAACUCUUCUACACCCGUAAGUUCCAGAUCUGGCUCAUUUACUCCUAUUGUGAAGCAACAGAAGAAGAGCAGUGCGCUGAAAAUUGUCAACCCUGCUACCAAUACUGAGGUAGUUGUUCCUCAAAAGAGUAAAUCUGAGCCUAAGUCUGAAGAAUCUAGCCCACGGUUAGACAGUGCUGUUACUCCUCAUUUAACAGAAGAAGAGGUUUCCAAGCGGAAGGACGCCGUUAAACAAGCUGUUCAACAACGUAUUCAAGAAAAAGCGGAAGAAGAGGCUAGAAGACACGCUGAAGAAAAGGCCAAGCGAGAGGCUGAAGAAAAGGUGAAACGUGAAGUCGAAGAGAAGGCCCAGAAGGAAGUCGAAGAAAAGGCCCAGAAGGAAGCCGAACAGAAGGCCAAGCUGGAAGCCGAACAAAAGGCCAAGCAGGAGGCUGAAGAAAAGGCCAAACAGGAAGCUGAAGAAAAGGCCAAACAGGAAGCUGAAGAAAAGACUAAGCGUGAAGCUGAAGAAAAGACUAAGCGUGAAGCUGAAGAAAAGUCUAAACGUGAAGCUGAAGAAAAGACUAAACGUGAGGCUGAAGAAAAGACUAAACGUGAAGCUGAAGAAAAGACUAAACAUGAGGCUGAAGAGAAGGCCAGUCGUGAGGUUGAAGAAAAGGCUAAACGCGAAGUCGAAGAGAAGGCUAAGCUUGAGGUCGAAGGAAGCUCGAAAUCUGACGAGCUGCCAAAGAGCGAUGAUCAAAAGGAAGAUAAGACCAAGCCUGAGGACAUCAAGAUUUCUCCCGAAUCUUCUGUUGUGGAGUCUCGCAAUUUAACUCCCAAAAGGGAAAAUCUGUCUGGCAUCGAAAGUUUAAAAUCUCCUUCGAAACCUUCUGCUGCUCUCAACUCUUUACUUCAAGCUAGUGUUAUUUCAGAUAUUUCCAGCAUUGUCUACCCUUCUCCCUUAAAGCGACCUGCCACCGAGGGUGAAAUUAAGGAUGGUAAACUUAUUUACGAUAUCCCUUUCCUUAUGCAGUUCCAAACAUAUUACACAGAUAAGCCUGCUUAUGGCUGGGAUGAGAAAAUGAAGGGAACUGUUACCCCUGCUUUCAGCGACAAGAGUUCUCGUGGUGGUUAUGGUUCCAGUCGUCAAAGCUCUCGCUCUGGUUCUACUAGGGACUCACACGCUGGCCCAGGCUUUGGCGGUCAUUCUGAAAGAAAGUCAAUGUCACGCCUUGGUGUUGAUCGCGGCUUUGGUGAUUCAGGUACAGGAUUCCGUUCUGGUAGUAAUUACAAGAGUGCUCCUAGUCGUGGCAUGAGUCAUCAUGGUCAUGGUGGGUCACACAGAGGUUCCCAGCGUGGGUCCCGUCGUGGUGGCGGCGGUGAACGCGAAAAGGCUGACCCUUCUACUUUAACUAUUCCUGCCGAACAAGUGCAACCAUUGCAAUUAUCGGCUAACCGUUGGCAACCUAAGAAACUUGCUGAAAAGCCUGAAGCCAAGGCUGAACAGGAAGAAGAUCUUCUUCCUCCUGAGGUUAUUCAUCGUAAGGUUAAGGGUUCUUUGAACAAGAUGACCUUGGAGAAAUUCGAAAAGAUUUCGGACCAAAUCUUAGAGUUGGCCAUGCAAUCCCGUAGAGAGACUGAUGGUCACACUCUUAGAUUAGUUAUCCAAUUGACAUUCGAAAAGGCUACUGACGAACCAAAUUUCUCUAACAUGUAUGCCCGAUUUGCUCGUAAGAUGAUGGACAGUAUAGAUGACUCUAUAAGAGAUGAAAACGUAUUAGACAAGAACGGUCAACCUGUUAGGGGUGGCUUGUUAUUUAGAAAAUAUUUGUUAAGCCGUUGUCAAGAGGACUUUGAGCGUGGUUGGAAAGCUAGUCUUCCAGCUGGAGGUGCUGGAGAGACUGAGAUUAUGUCUGAUGAGUAUUAUAUUGCUGCUGCUAUCAAGCGUCGUGGUCUUGGUCUCGUUAGAUUCAUUGGUGAGUUGUUUAAGCUCAGUAUGCUUUCCGAAAAGAUUAUGCACGAAUGUAUAAAACGCCUUUUGGGUAAUGUUACAGAUCCCGAGGAAGAAGAAAUUGAGAGUCUGUGUAGAUUAUUAAUGACAGUCGGUGUAAAUCUUGAUGCUACUGAAAAGGGUCAUGCUGCGAUGGAUGUAUACAUUCUUCGUAUGGAAACUAUCACCAAAAUCCCUGACUUGGCUUCUCGUAUUAAAUUUAUGCUUUUGGAUGUUAUUGAUUCUAGAAGAGCUGGUUGGAAUGUUAAGAAGGAAAUUGAAAAGGGACCAAAAACUAUUCAAGAGAUUCACGCGGAGGCUGAGCGUAAAAAGGCGCUGUCUGAAGCUCAAAGACCUGCCCGUAUGCAUCGCGACAUGAACCGUGGCGACUCUAGAAUGGGUGGCAGAGGUAGUAACCCUCCCUUUGGAUCCAAUGAUUGGUCUAAUAAUAAAGAUGGGUAUGCCAGAUUAGGUCAAGGUAUUCGUGGUUUGAAAUCUGGCACUCAAGGAUCACAUGGUCCUACCAGUUUGAGCUCCAUGUUGCGUGGUGGAAAUGUUAGCCGAAGCCCCUCAAGACAAAGUAGCACACCACGAAGAGAGCCUGCUAGACAAGCUCCUGCGAAUCAACCAGUAACAUCGGCAAACUCCUUUGAACUUUUGGAAGAACAAGAUCAUGACAACGAUGGAUCAUCAAGCCAUAAAAAUCCUAAUUCUAGUUCGAAAGUUAACCCUUAA